AUGUCUCAGCGUAAACAACAACCAUCAUCACGCGGUCGUAAGCGUCAUCAAGAUGCUGAAACAUUCCAAAAAAUGGAAGGCAAAACUUUGCCAGAUGGUUUGGAUUUGCAAGAUGAUUUGGAUGUUGAUGAUGAUCCUGGGACUUGGAGUGGCCAUAAGAGAUCCUUUGGUAAUACUGUUAGUGCUGCACCAGAACAGAUUGGAAUUGAGAAUAUGCAGGUUUCGCCACGAACAAAGAAAAUGAAACAUAUGAAGGAUGUUUUGGGUGUUGGCGCUUCGUUGGUUGGUCAAGAUCGAAAAUUCUCUCCUGAAAAGCCUUUAGACAUUCCAUCAAAAGUUCAGAAUGGUUUGGCUCUUAACGGACCUGCGCCUUUCAGUGAUGAGCCUGAAGCUAUUGCUACGAGGGAGGCACUUGAUUAUUCCACUCAAGUUACUCACGAAAUGGCUAAAAAUAAUACCGCUGGUCGUCCAAUUCGAGUUUUUGCUGAUGGCAUUUAUGAUCUUUUUCAUUAUGGCCACGCCAAUCAAUUGCGACAAGCUAAGAAUGCAUUCCCUAAUGUUUAUUUGAUUGUUGGAGUGAAUGGCGAUGAAGCUACACAUCAUUACAAAGGUCGUACUGUAACAUCAGAAAAUGAGCGUUAUGAGAGUGUUCGACAUUGUCGUUAUGUUGAUGAAGUUUAUCGAAAUUCGCCUUGGUAUGUGACUGUUGACUUUAUUGCUCAUGAUUCUGUUCCUUAUGUCGCUCCAAACGAAGAGGAUCUCUAUGAAAAAUUUCGUCGCGCUGGAAUGUUUGAAACAGACCGGACAGAAGGUGUUUCGACUAGUGAUGUAAUCUCUCGAAUUAUAAGAGAUUAUGACAAAUAUAUUCGUCGAAAUCUUCAACGUGGCUAUACUAGGGAGGAAUUAAAUGUUGGAUUCUUUUCGGCUCAAAAAUAUCAACUUCAAAACCAGAUUGACCAAUGGAAGCAAAAAAGCGUUGAAUUCAUUAACAAUUGGAAGAGUCGUUCAGAUGACUUCAUUCGUGGUUUUGUUGAUAAAUUCCAUCGUGAUGGGCAGCUUAGUCUUGAUGUUCGUCAACUCAAAAGGCUUGUCUCUCGUAGUCCAACUCCAGCAAUCGAGGCUGGCCGUACCAAAGAUGAUAAUGACGUCUUCCAAGAUGCUCGCGAUGUUCUUCCAUUAACUUCUUCAGUUUCUGCUUCUACGCUUGUUGGUCGUUCGAAAUCUGUUAGUAAUAUUCUCUCUUCUGGUAAUGAUGCAAGCACUUCCACUGCAAUCUAG